AAAUCUUUCUCUUCUCUACUUUUUCUCCUGUUACUCUCCUUCUUUGGGAUUGGAAAUGGCCACUCUCGGAGGAGUUCGCGAUUCCCAAUGCACCGCCAACAGCGUCGAGAUCGACAGCCUCGCUCGCUUCGCCGUCGAACAACACAACAAUAAAGAGAAUGCGAUGCUGGAGUCUGCCAGAGUCGUGAAGGCGAAGGAGCAAGUGGUGGCCGGAACUCUGCAUCACCUUACUAUCGAAGAGAUCGAGGCUGGAAAGAAGAAGCUUUAUGAAGCUAAGGUUUGGGUAAAGCCUUGGCUUAAUUUCAAAGAAUUGCAGGAGUUCAAGCAUACCAGUGAUGUCGACGGUGGUGUUGCUUCCUCCUUUACCCCCUCAGAUGUCGGUCUUUGGUUUUGUAAAUCAGAUGGGCAUGGUGCUGGAUGGAAAGAAGUGCCACUACAUGAUCCUGCAGUGCAAGAUGCUGCCAGCCGUGCUGUGAAGACCAUUCAACAGAGGUCCAACUCAUCGUUCCCUCAUGAACUUCAAGAGAUUAUUCAUGCCAAGGCUGAGAUAGUAGAUGAUCGUGCAAAAAGAAGCGAAGAGAAGUUCAAGGUUGUGGUGCACAAGAACAGUGAAGGCACCUUCCUUCUCGAUCAGAUGGAGCCACACGCGUAACUGCGGAAUUUACUCACAUGUGGUUUAAACCAUCAUACGCAUUAUUGAUACAUACGCGUCGUCCCUGCUUUCACUAUAUGAUAUGAUGAUAAGUGAUGGGAGAGCCAGCAACAUGUUGCUAUAUACUCCAAUUUGUAUAUCACUAUGUGCAUCUAUGCGUUACGACCAUUUCGCCCAGGGAUACAUGUAUACAUAUUUAGAAAAAGGUUUUUAGGUAA